AUGAACGCUAAUAAAGAUCAGCCGGUCAGCGAUGAAGUUUGCUUACUGUGUCAGUUAAAUAGCAACGAUCGUCACUUUCUCGCUGAGCGAACAGCAAUCGGCAGUGAAUCGAUUGCAGACGUUAUUUGCAAGCAUUUCUGGCUAUCGGAAAUCGCUUGCAAGGAUCGCUACAUCUGCCCAAAAUGCUGGGACAUAACCUUUUCCUUCCACCAGUUCUACAACCAAAUAGAAAGGCUGCAUGCGGUGCAACCAACGGUUAAGCAAGAGCACUGCUUCACAGAGAGCAAACCGAUCGACACAAGCGAACAUGUGGACUGGUUGCAGGAAGAAAGCACACCGUUUAGAAAUGAAAUCUACGUAAAAGAAAACUACACGGACAGUGACGAUGAAUCAAAAAUCGGGCAGCAUAUCGAAUCUGUCGAUCGGGACGAAGAAUCCGACAGCGAUUCAAACAUUCCUUUGGCAGUGCUCAAGAAAGGAAACAAUGCGCGACAACAGAGCAAUGCAUCAGCAGCCCACGACAAACCUUCACCGUAUCCCGGUGUCGGUUUGUCCUUAUGCCGCAUCAAGGGUAGCACGCUGGAGCUAAUGUGUUACGACUGUUUCCGUCUGGCGAACAAUGGUAGCAAGUCUUCUGCGCCAAAAGUGACCGAAGAACGCUUCACCUUUGCUGCACUGCUGAAACACUAUCGCCAGGAGCAUAACAAAAAUGGAUAUGCAGUUUGCUGUAGUCGCAAAUACACGCGGCGAAGAUCGUUGAAGAUGCAUCUGCUGUCGCAUGGCCGGACAGUUGUGUAUCGAUGCAUUCCCUGUGGUAUUAAAUUUCGCAAACAAGACUCGUUGGACGAUCAUAACUUGCUUAUUCACACAGCGGAGGAGGAAAAGCGAUACAAAUGUGACGAGUGUGAUAAAUCGUUCGCAACCGAACACCUCCUGCAAUCGCACGGCACGUGGCAUGAGAAUGUAGCGAAAAAGAAUAUAAGUUGCAAACUUUGCAAUAUAUUCUUUGCCAGCCAACCGUCGCUAGAAAAGCAUCGAGCAUUGCAUCAUCCAGCCUUGGACAGCACCGAGACGGCAUCAAGCAACAACAGUGGCACAGAACCCGCCGAAGACCGGAUAGUUUCAUCGCAAUAUCGUACGCGUAUUUCGGCGACUGAAAUUAGCGAACAGGAGCAACUUAUCAAGCGCCACUGUUUGCUAAAUUGCAGCAGGUGUGACUACUUCGCGGAAAACUUCACAAGCCUCAAGCAGCACGCGAUACAGGUUCACAGUCAGCGAAGUUGCGAUGUGGUGUGCUGCGACCGUACGUACAGCAAACGGCAAUCACUUUACGAACACUGCCUGGUACACGAAAAUCCCGACUGUUUUCGUUGCGAUGUGUGUGGCAAAAGCUACUCCAGCAGCCGGAGUCUACAGAACCACAAAUGGCGCAUACAUACACCGGCGGCCCAGCGGCCGUUCUGCUGCGACGUGUGCGGCGAAACGUUUGUGAAGGAUUAUUUGCUGAAGCAGCAUCUGGUACAUCAUUUGGCGAAGCAUAAAAAGCUGAACCACUGCAAUGUCUGUGAGCGAUCGUUUACGACCGCGACGGUGCUGAAGUGCCACCAGCAAACGUUUCACGGCGGUGGGUUCAACUGGAUCUGUGAUAUCUGUGCGAAAGGGUUCAACAGUCGGGCGCUGUUCGAGAAUCAUCGGUUGACCCACUCGGUCGAGGGAAAGUCGCAGUUGAAGCAUCAAUGCGAACAGUGCAAAAAAUGGUUGCGAAACAAAAAAUCCUACCAACAGCAUCGGAUACGCUGCCACACUAGCGAUGGACCGGUGACUUGUAAAUUCUGCGGCAAAGAAUCCGUCAAUGCGAGUGCUCUCAAGUCGCACAUUCAUCUGCAUCAUACAUCGCGGCCCGAGUAUCCCUGCACGUUAUGCAGCAAAAGCUUCAAAACGGCCCUGCGCCUGCGGGAGCAUGAAGCAACACACACGGGUACGAUACUGUACCGAUGUCCGUGGUGUCCGCGUACCUUUGCAUGUGGCUCGAACAUGUAUAAGCAUAAGAAGGCGGGCCAUCCGCUAGAAUGGGCCGCUUCCGUAAAGAAACGGUUCGGUGAGCGAUGA